AUGCCCAGCCUUGAAAAUGAAAUUGUCAGUGUUUUCUUUGUUUCAGAUGACAGUCCAUAUACUAAAUCUGCAAGCCAGUCAAAGCCACCCGAUGGAGCACUAGCUAUAAGAAGACAGAGCAUUCCAGAGGAAUUCAAGGGAUCAACAAUAGUUGAACUAAUAAAGAAAGAGGGCACUACUUUGGGGCUUACAGUAUCUGGUGGAACGGACAAAGAUGGAAAACCAAGAGUGUCCAAUCUUCGACAAGGAGGAAUUGCUGCAAGAAGUGACCAACUGGAUGUGGGGGAUUACAUCAAAUCUGUAAAUGGAAUCAACCUGACAAAGUUUCGGCAUGAUGAGAUCAUUAGUUUGCUCAAGAAUGUUGGUGAGCGGGUUGUAUUAGAAGUGGAGUAUGAGCUGCCACCUGCUUCUGUACAAGGUUCAGGUGUCAUUUUUAGAACUGUGGAAGUUACUUUACAUAAAGAAGGGAACACUUUUGGAUUUGUAAUUAGAGGUGGAGCACACGAUGACAGAAAUAAAUCCCGUCCUAUUGUAAUAACAUGUGUUAGACCUGGAGGUCCUGCUGACAGAGAGGGUACUAUCAAGCCUGGAGACAGGUUGCUCAGCGUUGAUGGAAUUCGGCUUGUUGGAACUUCACACAAUGAAGCCAUGUGUAUCCUCAAACAGUGUGGGCAAGAAGCAACUCUGCUAGUAGAAUAUGAUGUCUCAGUUAUGGAUUCAGUAACAACAGCUUCUGGGCCAUUGCUUGUAGAAGUUGCCAAAACUGCUGGUUCUGCUCUGGGUGUUGCACUAUCUACCUCAAUGUGUUGCAGCAAGCAAGUCAUUGUUAUAGAUAAAAUAAAAUCUGCAAGUAUAGCAGAUAGAUGUGGUGCAUUACAUAUAGGUGAUCAUAUUCUGUCUAUUGAUGGUACUAGCAUGGAAUACUGUACUUUGGCUGAAGCAACACAAUUUUUGGCUAAUACGUCUGACAAUGUCAAACUAGAAAUCCUUCCCCAUCAUCAGACACGUCUUGCACUUAAAGGACCAGAACAUGUAAAGGUUCAAAGGAGCAACAAGCAGAUUCUAUGGGAUCCUUAUGCCAAGAGCCACAGCAGUGCCCUCAGUUACCACCAUUAUAACACCAAACACCCUGAUCAUUUCAGGAUGCCAGCUUUGAAAUGCCAGAAAACACCACCUCAAAACAGUCUUUCCUUGGUAUCUUCAUCAUUUUCUCCUGCCUCCAUGAGUGCAUACAGCUUGAGUUCACUAAACAUGGGAACUUUACCGCGAAGCCUCUACUCUACUAGUCCAAGAGGAACAUUGAUGAGAAGAAGAAUGAAAAAGAAGGACUUCAAAAGCUCACUGUCACUAGCCUCUAGCACUGUUGGCUUGGCAGGGCAAGUUGUCCACACGGAAACCACCGAAGUAGUGUUGACAGCUGAUCCAAUUGUAGGAUUUGGAAUACAACUUCAGGGCAGUGUGUUUGCUACAGAGACAUUAUCAUCCCCACCUCUGAUUUCCUAUAUAGAAGCUGACAGUCCAGCAGAAAAGUGUGGCAUCCUACAAAUAGGAGACAGAAUACUGGCUAUAAAUGGGAUCCUAACUGAAGAUAGUACAUUUGAUGAAGCUAAUCAGCUCCUCAGAGAUUCUUCUAUCACUAGCAAGGUGACUCUGGAAAUUGAAUUUGAUGUUGCAGAAUCUGUCAUACCAAGUAGUGGCACUUUUCAUGUAAAACUACCAAAGAAGCAUAAUGUAGAACUUGGCAUCACCAUAAGUUCUCCAUCUAGUCGAAAACCAGGGGAUCCUCUUGUUAUUUCAGAUAUUAAGAAAGGAAGUGUUGCCCAUAGAACUGGGACAUUGGAACUAGGUGAUAAAUUGCUUGCCAUAGACAAUAUUCGACUGGACAACUGUUCCAUGGAAGAUGCUGUUCAAAUCCUGCAGCAUUGUGAGGAACUUGUAAAACUAAAAAUUCGCAAGGAUGAAGAUAACUCUGAUGAACAAGAGAGCUCAGGAGCAAUUAUUUAUACUGUUGAGCUCAAGAGAUAUGGAGGACCACUUGGGAUCACUAUUUCUGGUACUGAAGAGCCUUUUGAUCCUAUUAUUAUUUCAAGUCUUACUAAAGGUGGAUUAGCUGAAAGGACAGGUGCAAUUCAUAUCGGAGACCGAAUCUUAGCAAUAAAUAGUAACAGUCUGAAAGGGAAACCUUUGAGUGAAGCCAUUCAUUUGUUACAGAUGGCAGGAGAGACAGUGACCUUGAAAAUAAAAAAGCAGACAGAUGCAUCAAGUCCCAAUAAAUUUUCUGCCUCUGGUCAUACAAAUGAAUUAAGCGAUGCUGAAGAUGAUACAGCCACCACACAAAAACCAGGCAAGCUAUCUGAAAUCUAUUCCACGACUGUCCCAAGUGUGGACAGUGCUGUAGAAUCAUGGGAUGGCUCUGGAAUGGAUAACAGUUAUGGAAGUCAAGGUUCCAAUUAUCAGGCUUCAGGAUACAACUUCAAUACCUUUGAAUGGAGAAGUCCAAAACAAAAGGGUAGUUUAUCUCCUUUGAAUAGGCCCCGGGUCAACUCUUUCCAUGAUACAGGGUUAAGUGAUGAUGACUGGGAUAAACCAGUAGCAAGUAGCUUUACAGGUGUCUCUCAGCCUGACCAGGAGGAAAACUUCUGGUCCCAAGCACUGGAAGAUUUGGAGACUUGUGGACAGUCAGGAAUUCUGAGGGAAUUAGAGGACAAGGUUGACAGGCGUCUGUAUUUGAGAAACAUGGCUCUCUUGGCUACUAUUAUGUCAGGGAGUACAGUGAGCCUGAAUCAUGAUAACUCUCAAGUUCGCAGCCAUCUAGGAAGACAAGCCAGCUUUCAGGAAAGAAGUAUUUCCAGGCCACAUUAUAGCCAGACCACUCGAAGCAACACAUUGCCUUCAGAUGUGGGAAGGAAGUCCAUAGCCCUUAGGAAAAUGAAGCAAGAGAUGAAAGAAAUCAUGUCCCCAACUCCUGUGGAGUUACACAAGAUAACUUUAUACAAGGAUACUAAUAUGGAAGACUUUGGAUUCAGUGUCUCCGAUGGCUUAUUGGAAAAAGGGGUAUAUGUUAAAAAUAUUCGGCCAGAUGGACCUGGAGAUAUAGGUGGUUUGAAGCCAUAUGACAGACUACUACAGGUAAAUCAUGUUCGGACAAGAGACUUUGACUGCUGCCUAGUUGUACCCCUAAUAGCAGAGUCUGAUAAUAAAUUAGAACUUGUUAUUAGUCGCAACCCGUUAGCUUCCCAAAAGAAGGGCUCUGAGCAUCAGACUUUCUCAACAGGACAAUGGAGCCAUCCAAACAACGCGUUCCUUCAACAAAGCGGACAUAACACAGGUUCAGAGAUGAAAUGGGAGCCUAUGAACACUUUAUAGCCAAAAGCUGUAUCUGUGCAAGAGAUUUAAAUGGUGCUAUUUUUUUUAAUAUGUCUGAUACACUGGAAACACAGAUACUAUCUAAUGUUGAGAAGCACACAGGGAAGGUUCUGAUUAUUUCUCAAGGCUCAUUCUUUGCUGCUUUCUUCCCAAUUGAGUUUUCUUCUCACUUUUUUUAUAACCACAAAUAGUGCCAUUUCAAGUUGAACUCCAUGUGCAAGAGAAAUUAAUGAGAAAAGUAACUGUUUUCAUGUAGAUUAAUUAAAAAAAUUGUAAAUGAAACUGAGCUCUUUUCAACCCCAUCCAAGUCUCUGAAAAGAGUAACCCCAGCUUGGAACAUGAGUUUUUUUUAAUAAAAAAUUAUAUUAAAAGAUGAGCUAAUUGAAGGAAUAUCAAAAUAUCAUCGCUAUGCCCAAAAGAUUAUUGUAUCAUAGUUAUUGUUUAACAAAAUGUGUUUCUGUUACCUCUAAACAAAAGUGGGGGAAGGUGGAGGGGGACCAAAAACUGUUACUUGUUCUGCAAUCAUUUCAACAAAGGUGCACACAGGAUCCUGGAGUGUAAAACUUUAGAUUCUGUUGCAAUAUGAUUUAUUAGAAAUUAUAUUAUUCCCUAUGCAAUGAUAUACUGACUAGGAUAUGUCAUGCAGCCUGUAUGAAUUUCUUACUUUUAGGUAUUUGGAACGUAUAAUGAUUUGUUUUAAAACAGUAAGUUUUACAGAAACAAGGUUUAAUAAGAAAAACAUUCAAGUAAGUUUUUUUCUUAACUGAAUUCCAGUAGCAAAGUAAUAUUGAUGCAAAAACAUAUGAACUGCUGUGUUUAGGAAACACAUGUAUAAAUAAACUUGUACAGCAACACAGGACUCUUUUUUAAAAUGAAAUGAAAUGUGCAUUGAUUUAAAGUAUCUAUUUAAAUAGCUUUGUUGGAGCUCUCAUUGACUCUUGCCAUUUUGAAGACUUAAUUUUAAAAUGUAAAUAUGUUUUAUCCACAUAUUUCCAAAUUCUGCUGUUUUUCAUUCAAAGCAAUAAAAUGCUGCUAGUUAUUUUUGAGACCCACCAGCAGCUGCUUUGGUUCACUGUAUUAUCUUGAUAAUUGAUGUUACUUAGUGACUGGAAAGACACCGGAUUUUUCUGUGAUAACAUUGAACCUUUAUAUCUUAACCAUAAUUUUUUUGGCCUCUUUGAAUUGUCAAAAUUCAUAAUACUCUUUUCUUCAUCUAUUAGAGAGCAAGUUUCUAUGCCCUAUGCACUCACAUGACAUUUUCUCAUAUUCCAGCACUGCCAGAAAGAAAAAAUAAAUGAAAAUGAAAUCCAUAUCAUGAACCACUUAAUACG